AUGCUUCGACGCUCUGCAAGGAUUUUGGCAAAAACUGUUAAACCAAAUGCGAGUACAACUGCAAUAAUGCAAUUUUCCACAGACGCUCUUGAAGUUAGUCACGACAAGAGCGUCAAGGAAUUCUUUAUUACUUUGGGCAAAGAAAGAGCAGUCCUGCAAUACGAUGAGGACGCUUGUGGUGUUGUCGACUUACUACACACUGAAGUCCCAUCAGUCUUCCAAGGAAAGGGUGUUGGGAGGAUACUAGCUAAGGCUGCCUUUGAUUAUGUACACAACAACGAACUCAAAAUGAAGCUGACAUGUGAAUAUUUACAGAAGGCCAUUGACAGCUUUCCGGAAUACAAGAAAAUAGUUUUGAAUUAGCUUAGUACUUGGAAUGUGGAGUUAUACAUGUAUAUUAGUAGGUGCUGUUUUGAGUUACAGUUGUUAAUGACUUUGGGGUACUAUUUGUUUAAAAAAAUAUAUUUUUAUAUUGUAAAGUUUUAGCUAAAAAUUAUACUUUGUAUACAUUUAGAACAUGGAAUAAAUUUUGUGCAUCGCUGUCAA